GAAACGCAGUGUUGUUGCUGUGGUUUUUGUUGGGGCUAGGCAGAGCUGUCAUAUUUGCUAGCGAACGUAUUAACCACUCUCUUGUCAUGUCAAGAGCAAUCUGUCCCCUCACAACACAGGGCUGGUAACGAGUUCAUUUCUUCACAUAUCCACCUUUGGAUACGGUCAGAGGACAGAAAUCUGGGCGGAGAGCAGAAGAGUGAGAUGAAAUGACAACGUCAACAUUACAGAAAGCGAUUGAUCUUGUGACUAAAGCCACAGAGGAAGACAAGGCAAAGAAUUAUGAGGAGGCCUUGCGCCUGUAUCAGCAUGCUGUGGAGUAUUUCCUACAUGCCAUCAAAUAUGAGGCCCACAGUGACAAGGCAAAGGAGAGUAUACGAGCAAAGUGUAUGCAGUACCUGGACCGAGCGGAGAAACUUAAGGACUAUCUGAAAAAUAAAGACAAACAGGGCAAGAAGCCUGUCAAGGAGGCACAGAGCAAUGACAAGAGUGAUAGCGACAGCGAGGGGGAAAAUCCAGAGAAGAAGAAACUGCAGGAGCAACUUAUGGGUGCCAUUAUAAUGGAGAAGCCUAAUGUCAGGUGGAACGACGUGGCUGGACUGGAGGGCGCUAAGGAAGCUCUUAAAGAAGCUGUCAUCCUGCCCAUCAAAUUCCCUCACCUCUUUACAGGCAAGCGAACUCCGUGGAGAGGCAUCCUGCUGUUCGGCCCUCCGGGGACAGGGAAGUCGUACCUGGCUAAGGCCGUGGCCACUGAGGCCAAUAACUCCACCUUCUUCUCUGUCUCCUCCUCAGACCUCAUGUCCAAAUGGCUCGGAGAGAGUGAGAAGUUGGUGAAGAACUUAUUUGACCUGGCUCGCCAGCACAAACCGUCAAUCAUCUUCAUCGAUGAGGUGGACUCGCUGUGCGGCUCCAGGAACGAGAACGAGAGCGAGGCCGCCCGUCGCAUCAAGACA